AUCGCACUUAAUUGUUUUGUAUAACACCGAAAUUUUGUAUAAUUAUCAAAAUUUCGUAUAAUUAUUAAAAUUUUGUAUUAUUAGUGUAAUUUCAUGUGAAUUUGUACGAUUGGUCUAUGUGUAUAUUGGAAUAUUUUGUUGUGUAAACCAUUGUAUAAAUUUAACCUUCCGUCAAGUAAAUUCUCCAAUUUUCUGUAAUCUCGCUUGUUUUAAUUUUUUGGUUCUAAUUCACUCAUGUUUUGUUGACAUUUUAAUUUUAUAACACUGUUGUAUGGAUAUCUUGUAUGUAUCAGAAAGAAUGACCAUGGAGUUUGAAAAUAUGACAAUUCCUGAAUUAAAAGCCGCACUGGCUAAAAAUAACCUAGAAACCACCGGGAAAAGAGCGGAUCUAGUAUCAAGACUUUCAAAUUAUUUUAAGAAAAAUCCCCAAGAAAAUUCAAACGGAGCCCCUAAAAAUUUAAAAUCAAAGGCCGGAACUAAAUCUUCCUCCAACAACUCUUCAAAUUCCUCUACAAGUUCUGUCAAUGGUGUUAAAGCUGCAACCACAGUGGAAUCCUCUACAAAAACUGAUAAUAAAGAAGCAAAAUCAGUAUCUAAAUCCUCAAGCUUAACAGAAGGAAAAGAAGUAACAAAGAUGACAAUGGAGGAACGGCUUUUGCUAAGGGCAAAGAGAUUUAACUUGGAGCCUAAAGCUACCUCCGGUAUAAAGGCAGUGAAACUGGUAGUAAAAGAGGAUCCAGAAGUCCUCAAAAAAAGAAGUGAAAGGUUUGGAAUUCCCUUAGUCACCAAGAACACUAACACUAAGACUAAUUUUGUGGUUGAUGAAGAAGAGUUAGCUAGAAGAAAGAAAAGAUUAGAGAGAUUCUCCUCUUAA